CGCUUUCCGCGGCGGUGUGGAUCCGCGCCGUGGCAGACGUUGACGCCCGAGGUAAACCAUCCAGCUGAUCUCCGCAGGAAAGAGACAGAUAUUUCGUCCUUCAGCAUUUCCUCCCUGUUCUCAAGGACGAAAAUCCGACCAAUCUGGAUCUCCUCGGAUAUUGCAAGAUGGGCGCUAAUGCCUCACAGCUGGAGAAGGAGAUCGGGGCAGACCAAUUCCCUCCUAAUGAACACUACAUAGGCCUUGUAAAUUUUGGCAACACAUGCUACAUCAACUCCGUACUACAAGCACUCUAUUUUUGUAAGCCUUUCCGGGAAAAGAUCCUGGAAUACAAAGCCAAGAACAAGCGGACAAAGGAGACCCUCCUGGCCUGCCUGGCUGACCUCUUCUACAACAUUGCCACCCAGAAGAAGAAGGUCGGCAGCAUAGCACCAAAGAAGUUCAUUGCCAGAUUCAGGAAAGAGAACGUUAAAUUUGAUAACUACAUGCAGCAGGAUGCCCACGAGUUCUUUGUACAGCUCAUAGACAGCAUCAAUGAGACUAUCAUGGGUAAGAGAGAGUCCUUUUAUUACUGUUUAGCUGACUGUCUCCUCUAUAUUUUUUGUUUGAUUCAAGGAAAGACCAUCUCAUGCUUUCCUCCUUUAUUCAGUAAAUGUCUAAAAGAAGCAUUGUUGGUCCAAGGAAUGUAUAUUACCUCAGAAUUUGUUUCCUUUCAGGUACGAAGUACAGAUGAGGUGUUAAAUAACCUAUCAGUAGAGGUACAUCAAAACACCAGCAUUACACACUGCUUGCGGUGUUUCUUCUCCACAGAGACCAUCAGUGCAGAAAACAAAGUACAGUGUGAGAAUUGCUGCUCCCUCCAGGAACACCAAAAACGCACAAGGGUAAAGAAGCUACCAACGAUUCUAGUCCUUCACCUAAAGAGAUUCCAGUUCUUGGGGCAGUACAACCGCACUCUCAAACUCUCACACAGAGUAGUAUUCCCUUUGGAGCUCAGGGUGUUUGAUACGAGUUCGGAUGCUGUGAAUCCAGAUCGAAUGUAUGACCUUGCAGCUGUUGUCGUCCACUGUGGAACAGGCAUCAACAGAGGUCAUUACAUUGCUAUUGUCAAGUCACACAGAUUUUGGUUACUCUUUGAUGAUGAUGCAGUGGAUAAAAUUGAUCCUUCUGUCAUGGAGGAAUUCUAUGGCCUCACAUCAGAGAUUCAGAAGUCCUCGGAAACAGGCUACAUCCUGUUCUACCAGGCCCGAGACCCAACGUAACUUCCACUCAAGUGCCCAAGCAGGCAAGAGUCCACAGGUCACGUCCAGCCGAACCUUCGGAGGAGACUGACAAGGGGAAAUAGUCACUUGAGGAGCAGAGGGGACUUGCGUAGAGAGGAGCUCAUGCUGGCGGUUCAGUCUAGUUGUGUAUUUAAAUGUAUUGAUCUAGUUCAGGUUUUACUCUAGGAUGAAUGCACCUUAUGUAUAUUUGUAUUUGAAGACUUCGGGAGUUAUUUCGCAGAUGUUAUUAUUGUAAUGUAUUAUUGAUAAUGUGCACUUGUAUAUAAGAGUUUAUAACAGAGAUACUUUACAGUCUAUGGCAAAGGCUCUUGGGAAAAAAGUUUGUAUAUUGUAGACACUUCAGGAUGUGUUUCCUUUCUAAACUUGGCUCUUUCUUUCUUUUAAAUGUUUUUUAAAUUGUUGUCUUGAAUCCCUCAUUGUUAACUCUGAGCUUGAAUGAAGAAAAGAAAUCCAAAUUUCUUUUAGUUAUUAUUUUUAGAUUUUGCUCUAAGCAGUCCAAGAUGUUAAUGGUUUGUACAGCAAUGUAAACCAUCUGUCCCCCUGGCCCUUUGCUGCACUACAAUCAGAACCGUUUUAGAAUGCGAAGGUUGUUCAUUAUUUUUAUUUAGAAGUCUUUCUUUCACUUGGACAUUCACCCUGAUGAGAGACCUGGCAGGGCCGAGACGCCGAGGGAAGGCACGUUGUACAAAACCCGAGAUGCACAGCAGUUCCAUCCAAUAUUAGUUGAAAUGGUGUAAGGAUUUUGUUUCUAUGAUUAUUGUUAUUGUUGUUGUUAUUAUAUUGUCAUUUUUAUUAUUAUUUUCUUCAUUAUUAUUAUAUUGCAAUUAUUAUUAUUAUUUUCUU